ACCUCGGAAGUGUUUGAAUCCAGCAUGAAGUGAAGCGGUAGGGGCUGUAUCUGCAAGCAAACUCUACGGUGUCGCUAUGGCAGCGCUGGUCAGAUUAGGAAGUCUUUGCCAUUCUGCACGUGAUUUGAGAAAUGUAUGCUGUGGAUUAACGCUCAGAUCGCCUGCAGCAACACAAAUACUGAGGUCACUGCACGUCACUCAAGAGCAUUAUGCAACUAAAGGUGAGCUCCGACCAUCAGAGGAGGAAGUUGGAACUUUUACUAAAAUAAUUGAAGCAAUGGGUUUCACUGGACCUCUGAAGUAUAACAAAUGGAAAAUAAAGAUUGCUGCCUUGCGCAUGUAUACAUGCUGUGUGGAAAGGAUAGAUUAUGAUGAGUUUUUUGAAAAAUGCAGUCUUCCGGAUACACUGAAUUCAUGGUUCCUUGUGACGCAGUUACACGUCUGGAUGUGCCUGGUACGGAUGAAGCAGGAAGGCCGAGCUGGAAAAUAUAUGUGUCGAUACAUAGUCCAUUCCAUGUGGGAAGACGUUCAACAGCGUGGGAAAGUAAUGGGAAUUGAUUCUGUGGCUUUGAAGAACAGCAUGAGGGCUUUGACCGAAAUUUUUUAUGCUGCGAUAUUUGGAUAUGACGAGGGAAUUAUAUCAGAUGACAGAGUUCUGGCAGCAUCUCUUUGGCGGAAUCUUUUCAACCAGCAAUGUGAAGACCCUCAGCAAGUUGAGUUGAUGGUGGAGUAUGUGCGGAAACAGAUCCAAUAUCUGGAUUCACUAAACGGCGAAGAUCUCCUGCUGACUGGUGAAGUCGUUUGGCGUCCCCUGGUGGAGAAUGACCCUCAAAGCAUCCUGAAGCCAUCUGCCCCAACCUACAAUGACGAGGGGCUUUAGAGCAUCAAAAAGCAUGUACACCCCUCAAUGAUGCGGAAAGAAUAACCAAAUGUUUAUAGUGAACGUCGUGAGAUAAUGGCUGCACAGAUCUGUAAUCAUGGAGUGGAUUGGUUUACAUAAAAUGUAUCAGGGAAUCGCCUAAA